GGAUGGCGCCUGGUGUCUACUGUAUGACAUGCGUUCAGCUAUAAGUUUCUGUUAUAAGUAUCCCAUUUGCUUAAAAAAAAUAAUUAUUGCUUCCAUUACCACUGUAUUGUGAUAUGACAAUCAUUUUUGCUUCUACUAUUCAUAAAGAAAAAUGAGUCCAAAAGGUAAAAAAUCAUCCUCUUUGUGGUACUCUUGUGAAAAGUGUGGCUGCUUUCUCGGUCACAAAGAUCUUGAUGUCCACCUAAAAUUCUGCCCCCAGACGACUGAGAACUUGUCUAAUGACUACGGUUUCAUCCUGAACAAGAGUUUAUACAGCACAUUGGAAGAAACAGCACCAAUUGAUGCUAUCUCUCAUUUAACAAAUGACAUAAUUUGCCUGUCACAAUCAGCCCUACAGCUGUGUGGGUUGAUGAUUGGCGAUAAGGCCCUUGUUAAGACGAAUAAUUAUAGUGAAGUGAAGACUGUGUGGCCGACCACAAAAGGAUCGAUCACAUCUGCUUAUUGCACAAAAUUGGGUUUGACAGAAUCAUGGGGACUGAAACUGGGACCAGUAGUAGUCAGCAGAUUUCAAUCUGUCGCCCGACCAGCAUCUCUGGUCUCGAUAGAAAUCACAAAACAGGCCGACGCUCCCGAAUCGGUCGAUCAUUUUCUAAUCGACUUGAAACACAAACUGCGUGACAAAAUUGUGUCAGUGGGCACGCGACAGUCUAUCUGUUUCUACGGGCGGCGAGUCAAGUUCAUUGUGACGAAAGUUGAAGCAAUCAAGGAGGUCGUGGAAGAGGUCAAGGACGAUACGGAAGCUCUGAAACAAAUCACGGAUGAUCCGGAAGCGUUAAAACUAAUCACGGACGAUCCGGAAGCGUUAAAACGGAUCACGGACGAUCCGGAAUCCUUGAACCAAAUCACGGACAGUUUAAAAUCGCUGAAAGUGAAGGAUGACGUCGCCUCGACAAAGUUCUAUAGAUUGUGUGACGUCACUAAAUUUGUUCUGGUGCAACCGAAGAAAAGUGCAACUAGAAGUGAUGAUGAAUUUGCCUUGAAAUUUAACGCGUUUGGUGGCUACAAAAGUAUUGUGGAAGAUUUGAAAGAAACGAUUUCGUUUUCGUUGCAGACUGGUGGUGAUAAAGGUAUUAAGCUAUCCUCGGGAGUUCUUUUGUACGGUAUGAAUGGAACGGGAAAAUCACAUCUAGCUCAGUGCCUCAUUCAAGAGCUUGGGGUCAAUUCAGUCAAAAUUCAGAGCGGUGACGUUUACAGCAAAUUCUACGGCGAAACAGAAUCGAACCUGCGAUCACUGUUCAGGAAGGCAAUCGACCUGGCACCCUGUAUAAUCCUGCUUGACGACGUGGACACGCUGUGCUCGAAACGCGUCUCCAGCGCGUCCAAUCAGGGCAGUCGUGUGGUGGCCAGCAUUGUCACCCUCAUCGACUCCCUGCAAAACGAGAAUGUUUUUGUGAUCGCCACCUCUAGUCAGCCGCACCUUCUGGAGCCAGCGUUGCGAAGGCCUGGAAGACUUGACCGCGAAAUAGAACUACCCGUGCCUAUGGCAUCUGACCGACGUGAAAUCCUGCAAUGCCUUCUGAAGCGAGCCGGCUGCUCUGGUGUGGACCCUUCAAUGGCUGCCAGCGAUGUGGACCCUUCAAUGGCUGCUAGUGAUCGAGACCCUCAAAUGGCUGCCAGUGAUCGAGACCCUCCAAUGGCUGCCUGUGAUCGGGACCACUUAAUGGCGGACUCUGUGGCGGACGCAGCUCACGGAUUUGUGGCCGCCGACCUGAGUGCACUGCUGUCGCACGCACAGGCAUGCCAGGCGCGACGGCGGCCGCGUGCGCUGGAGGUGGCAGAUUUGAAAUGGGCGCUCACUCAGGUCAAGCCCAGUGCCAUGCGGGAGGUCUAUGUGCAGGUGCCUAAUGUGCGUUGGAGCGACAUCGGAGGUCAAGAAGAGCUGAAACUGAAGCUGCGGCAGGCGGUGGAGUGGCCAAUCAGGCACCCCGAGGCAUUUGCGCGCCUUGGCAUCAAUCCGCCCAAAGGCGUUCUCAUGUAUGGACCGCCUGGCUGUUCCAAGACCAUGAUUGCCAAGGCACUCGCCACUGAGAGCAAGCUCAACUUUAUAUCUAUCAAGGGCUCGGAGCUGUUCAGCAAAUGGGUUGGCGAAUCGGAGCGCGCGGUUCGCGCCACAUUCAAGCGUGCACGCAGCGUAGCGCCGUCGGUCGUGUUCUUCGACGAGAUUGACGCACUGGCCGGCGACAGGGGCGGUGGAGGGGAGGGCAGGGGUGGGGGUGCCCAGGUGCAGGAGCGGGUGCUGGCUCAGCUGUUGACUGAGUUGGACGGUGUGGAGCCGCUCGGCAAUGUGUCGGUGAUUGCUGCCACCAAUCGACCUGAUCGCAUCGAUAAGGCUUUAUUGCGUCCAGGACGGUUGGAUCGCUUGGUUUAUGUGCCACUACCUGACUUACAGACCCGGAAACAAAUUCUGGAGUUACAGUUUCGUAAAACGCCGAUUUCAGACGAUGUAGAUGUUGACGAACUAAGCUCUUUGACUGAAGGCUACUCUGGUGCUGAGGUUGUGGCUGUGUGUCAAGAAGCUGCGUUAUCAGCAUUACAAGAAGACAUAUCGGCAGCACAAGUUUCACAGAGUCAUUUCCAACAUGCCUUGACAAUAAUCACUCCUAGAACUUCGAAGACACUUCUGAAGUUGUAUGAAGAGUACCGAUCUCAUAAAUGAGCAAUUCCAAUCAGAAUCGAAAAAUCGAUUCCUGAGCAAUCGAGAAAUCAGGUUAUUUUUCCAUCGUUAUUCAGAAAACGUAGUUUUUUUCAGAUAAACUGGUUGGAUUAAAGCACACAUUUCUCGGUCAUUGGAAAGAAACACCUGACCAAUGUGACAGAAACACUUGAAGACGUGCAAAAAUACCUUAAAUGAGAGGACAAUUCUGAUAGGUAUUGUCAAUGAACUCAACGCCUCUAGGAUCAUACGAACAUGUGCAGCAUAGACGAGAGUUGGUGGAGGAACAGAAGAUACAAGAGCUGAUUUGUAUAUAAGAGCUAUUAUUUUUAUAUAUUUUUGCAAUAGAUUGCGAAAUGUGUUAUACAUCAAAGGACAAUGUUCUUUAAUCCAUACAGUCACUUCUAACGGGCCCUCAAAAUUAUAAAAUCAAGAACUACAGAGAAACUUCUAAAGUUGUAUGAACAUUACCGAUCCCAUAAAUGAGCAAUUUAUAAAAGACUAUUACAAUGAGAAAUCAGGUUUUUUAUCCGUUGAUCUAAAAAAGUUUGUUCAGAUUUUGAAAGUUUUAAUUGGUUACUGCAAUAUGAAGUUUUCAUUAAUAAUCUUUUUGUAGAUUUUUAUUUGUGUCAAUAUUAGAAUGAAUAUUACCGAUCUCAUAAAUGAGCAAUUUCUAAAAGAUUAUUACAAUGAGAAAUCAGGGUUUUUAUCCGUUGAUCUAAAAAAGUAUCUUUGUUCAGAUUUUGAAAGUUCAAAUAUCUAAUUACAGAAUUAUGAAGUUUUCAUGAAUAAUAUUUUUCUAGAUUUUUAUUUGUAUCAAUAGUAAAAUGAAUUUUACCGAUCUCAUAAAAGAGCAAUUUCUAAAAGACUAUUACAAUGAGAAAUCAGGUUUUUUAUCCGUUGAUCUAAAAAAGUAUCUUUGUUCAGAUUUUGAAAGUUUAAAUAUCUAAUUACAGCAAUAUGAAGUUUUCAUUAAUAAUAUUUUUAAAAUUAACACUUUGCACAGAGAUGUUGUGGAAUUUCUCCAUAUUAAGGUGAAAUAAAAAGAUGUUGUCAAUUCCACAAAGUUUUUAUUUGAGUCCAAACUAGUUUCGAUGGACUUGGCAUCCACUGGCAUCUUGGCAUCUUAGCAUCCACUAGUCUGCCACUGAUGAUGAUGCCAAGUGCAUCGAAACUAGUUUGGACUCAAAUAAAAACUUUGUGGAAUUGACAACAUCUUUUUAUUUCACCUUAAUAAUAUUUUUCUAGAUUUUUAUUUGUAUCAAUAGUAAAAUGAAUAUUACCGAUCUCAUAAAUGAGCAAUUUCCAAAAGAUUAUUACAAUGAGAAAUCGGGUUAUUUUAUCCGUUGAUCUUAGAAAAAGUCUAUUUGUUCAGAUAUUAAUAUUUCAUUCCUGCAAUAUGAAGUUAUUAUUAGUAAUCUUUUUGUAGAUUUCUAUUUGUAUAAAUAGUAAAGGCUCUAAUAGUGUCUUAUUUGAAAAAAAAUGGUGGCUAUAGAAAACAGUUUUGAUAUAAAUAAAAAUAUAAAUCUGAGUCCCCUUUUUAAAAUGAUUUAGUCACGACAUGCUUCGGCUAUAUAAUAUCAAGUGAUAGGAAAAUAUUUUCCAAUAUUUUAUUUAAAAAAGAUUUAUAUUCAAAAGUAGCCCUAAAGAUAAAAUACAAAACAGUUUUGAUAUUUUCCAGGGCAGUAUCGUAUGUUACCGUACUAUUCUUUGAAAUAUUCUCGAGUCUGUUACAUAAAUAGAUUGUAGUGGACUCUCGUAUAAUAUUGUUACGAUCAAUAAACUGUUUUACAUUGUUCAAAA